UUAAAGAUGGCGACUCGCGUGAAAAUGUUGUGGUGUACAUUGUGUUUUAUAAAUUUGUUUGCAGCAGUUAUUUGCGCGCACAAGGACAGUUUUACGGAAGAGUUGUUUAUUCAGCCGUUACCUAGUGGUCACGUAUAUAAUUACUUCUUAUUUACGACGAGGUGGGAGGUUGAUCGCGAGUCGGAAACAUUUCAGCACUACAGGCUGUUCCCACUCUCACUGGGUGAAAUCAUUCGUCAAAACCACGUGCAAGAAUUGCAUUUGGCGUUGACGCAGGGCAGGUGGCAGCAUCGGAAGUGGGGAUAUCCUUUUCAGGAUGCCCCUCCAGGUGCACACAUUUGGACAUGGUUCAAAGAGAGUGCACCAAGCGUGGAUGGUGUAUGGAAGAACCUGACCAAUGCCUUGUCGGGCCAGCUGUGCGCCUCCCUCAACUUUGUUGAGGAGACGGUAACGGUGAACCCUAAAAGGACCCUCAGGCCUCAGGGGUGGGUGAGCUCAGCCAACAACUCGCUUCUGCGGUAUGCCAUGUUGCCCAGGGAAUCGGUCUGCACAGAGAACCUUACCCCAUGGACAAAAUUGCUGCCAUGUGGGACCAAGGUUGGUCUUGGCACGCUAUUGCACGCUCUUCAGGUGUUCACUGCUAACUACCUCUCGUUGGCUGUUGACUUCAAGCACAUUUGCCAGGACGCAGUAUGCACGCAGACGACCCUGGAGCUGCAGUUGUCAAUAUCGCUCGUGUUUGACACAGUUGCGUCACAGAAGGGCUACCAGAGUUGGUCACUGAGUAAGUUGUUCGGUUCAGGGUUGAGAACCACAUGCCCAUUGUCAUCAAUGAGUGCCAUCUAUGUGGAGACAACCAGCAAUGGGUCAGUGGGCACAUUCAAGUUGUCCCCUCCUCCUGUGCAAGUGAUUGCAUCAGAAGCUUUUGCAACACCACGCACGUUUGCAGUCUACGACUUAAAGGCUAUAGUUGAGCAGGGGCGCAUCAACUUGGUGGCUACUUAUGCGAAACCACACAUCUUUUGGAUCACUCGCCCACCUCCUGUUCACAUUACACGCUACGUGCAGGGCUAUGGCCUGGAGCGUGGCGGCAUCACAAGUCACAUUCACAAUGAACAUCCCACACAGCCUUUAAAGAUUGUGUACGUCGACAUUGUACCUUGGUUCCUUAGGGUCUACAUUCAUACGCUCAAGGUUGUGUCUCGAGGCAAAGCUCUUAAGCCAGAAAACGUAUUCUAUGAGCCUGGGCAAGAUCGGCGCCGCUCGCAUCACCUAGAGCUGACCUUGGAGCUUCCACCGUCAUCGAAGACCACCGUGUCAUUCGAGUUCGACCGAGCAUUCCUCAAGUGGACAGAAUAUCCGCCAGAUGCUAAUCAUGGGUUCUACGUUGGCUCAGCCAUACUUAACACUGUCUUCAAGAAGACUCCAAUGAAUUACAGUGGCGACGUUUCACUUUGUCCAACUCUGCGGCACUGCUUGACUGGUAAGAGCAGUGAACCUGGGAGUACAGAAAGUUACUUCUUACGGCUGUACACGGAGACCCUGUUGGUGUCCCUGCCAACUCCAGACUUCAGCAUGCCGUACAACGUUAUCUGUCUGGCAUGCACUGUAGUAGCCUUGGCCUUUGGACCAAUACACAACAUCACAACUAAUGCGUUGGUGGCAGUAGAAGUGAAGAAGGCUGAGGAGCGCUCGCUCGUUGGAAAGUUGAAGGCAAAGCUGAGGAAGCUGCUCGGGAGGAAGAACGAAGAACAACAAGAACAAACAAUUGAUAGCGAAACGGAGAGCAAAAAAGAAAAAUGAGAUACAAAUAUUUAGUCGCAACAAAGAACAUUUUUCUAGGAAUACA